GAAAAGCAAGUAAAGUGAAGAAUGUGUUGGUGGAAACUAGGAUUGGAGACAGACACGCAGAGUGAUAGAUACCCAAACGUGUGUGUCUGUGUGUGUGAAUAUUUGGUUGAGCAUGAGAAAGGAGAAAGCAAAGGAGAGAGAGAAAAGAGAAGCAAAAAGUAAGAAAAAGAAAGAUCUUUUUAAGGCCACAAAGAAGCUUGUGGCUGAAAUUGCAGAAAUGUCGGAGCCAAAAGACCCGACGAUCAAGCUCUUCGGGAAGACGAUCCCCUUGUCGGAGAUUCCGACUGGAUCCGCCGGAGCUCCGGCUUCGUCUUCCGGUGACCUUGUUGAUGACAGUGUUGAACACAGCCAUGCUUCUUCCUCCAACUCCUCCCUGGAGUCUCAUACGCGAGAGGAAGGUGUUGUGGACGAGGACUCACUGGGAGAAAAACCAGCUGAUGAUAAGAAGGAAGCCCCAACCCAAUCAUUAGAAGAGGUCAACAAUCCAGAUACGGUCUCUGGAACCUGUGAAGAAUCCAUUACUGAACCAACUGACAAGGAGACCACUACAUUGAAAACCUCGAAAACUGAAGAAGAACUAAGCGAGACAAGUAAGUCACAGGAUAAGAACCUCAAAAAACCAGAUAAAAUACUUCCUUGUCCCCGCUGUAAUAGUAUGGAUACCAAGUUCUGCUACUACAAUAAUUACAAUGUCAACCAACCCCGUCACUUCUGCAAGAAUUGCCAGAGAUACUGGACUGCUGGGGGGACUAUGAGGAAUGUUCCUGUAGGUGCUGGUCGCAGGAAGAACAAGAGCUCGUCUUCUCACUAUCGCCAGAUAACUGUUCCUGAUGCUGCCCUCCAGAAUCCUCAACUAGACUUGCCAAAUGGAGCGUAUCAUCCUUCCUUGAAAUGCAAUGGGGCAGUCCUUACAUUUGGAUCUGAUACACCCUUGUGUGAAUCAAUCGCAUCCGUUUUGAACCUUGCUGAUAAAACCGUGCACAACUAUGCAAGAAAUGGAUUUUAUAAACCUGAAGAACUAAAAGUUCCAGUUCCACAUGCCAGUGGAGAAAAAAGAGAUGAUCAAUCCAGUAAAUCUUCAGUUACCUCUACAAAGUCAGUGGAAGGUGCAAGCACCAAUGGAGCCCAAGAACAAGCUAUGCCAAACUGUCAUCGUUUCCCACCACAGGUUCCUUACUAUACCGGUAACUCUUGGCCUAUUCCAUGGAAUCCAGUGCAGUGGAGUUCUCCAGUACCACCUCCUCCUUUUUGUCCCCCCGGAUUCGCCAUGCCACUCUAUCCUGCUGCAGUUUAUUGGGGUUGUGCUGUGUCUGGUGCAUGGAACAUCCCAUGGGUAGCACAACCAUCCUCACCGAAGGGUGCAACUUCAAAUUCUGGCUCUAACUCACCAACCUUGGGUAAACAUUCAAGGGAAGACAACAUUCUGAAAUCAAAUGAAUCUGGUGGUGAUGAGGAUGGACACAACAAAGAAAACAACAAAGAGAAGUGCCUGUGGGUUCCAAAAACUCUAAGGAUUGAUGACUCUGGAGAAGCAGAAAAAAGCACUAUAUGGACAACACUGGGGAUUAAAAAUGACAAGGCUGACUCAGUUCCUAGGGAAACACUCUUUAAAGGCUUCCCUUCAAAGCUUGAUGAGAAAAACCAUUCAAUCCAAGCCUCACCAGUAUUGCAGGCCAAUCCUGCAGCGUUGUCAAGGUCACUUAAGUUUCAUGAGACCUCAUAGCCAUGUAGCUGAUAUAAACUAGUGAUUAUGUUUUUAGGUGCAGCAAACUGAUUUGGCAGUGUUCAACCGGUCCUGAGGGAAACACAAAUUGUAAAGCCGCAUUGGUUCACCAGCCUUGUUUGUAAGAAGAGUUAGUUCUGUUGUCAGCCAACCGAAGAAAGAGCAAGAUGGUUUUUCAUACCUUUUCUUAGGUGACAUCUAGGCAGUUUUACCCUCUUCCCUUUUAUUUAAAUGGUUUUCUUAGUUCAUGUGUGUAUAUAUAUAUAAGUACAUAGUAUAGUGAGUUUGUUUUCCUGACCUUAUAUGUGGAUAAAUAAGAAUAAGAAUGGGAGUUCAAAUUGAACUUUUUGUUCUGGUUUCUUCCUUUCAGAAUGUAACCUUGAUGCUUUUCAUUGA